GGCUGCCUUACGUUUACUGUGUAGAGCCCUUUAAGGGGCGGGGCUUAGGUACCGGAGGGUAGCAUGCAGACUGAAAAGGAGAGAGAGAAGAAAGGAGCUGUAGAGUUUACCGUUCGUGGUUUGUGGGUUUCGUCAAGCUGUUGCAGUUUGUUGCCGCCUUCUUUCAAUGUGUGUGCGUGAAAUGCAAGUAAGUAAUGUUGGGAGUCGGUGACAUUGUUUGUUUGACAGAGUAUUUCAGUUUGCUUUUAGUUUAAGACAUGUUUUGUACACGUGCACACUUAAGAGCUAAGUAAUGCUGUUUGCUUCCUCCUGCCGUGUAUUUAUUUAGGAAAGAUGUUUGUAACUAUUAAUAUUGCAGUUUUCGUGUGAGAUAUUAGUUCAGUUAUUUGUGGAGGAUUAUUCAGACACUGAUAUUGUAUUAUUGUUGUCUUUCUAGAAAAACCAUAUGCACUGUCACGGCAAUUAGUAAAUAAACUGCAAGGACAAAUUAGACCAGUUGGAGUACGACUCUGCUUUCUUCGGAGUUCUAACCGGACUCACCGCAGCGAUCUGAACGUUCCUACUAGCAAAUAGAAACCCUAUUUUUCAAUGGUCCUUCGAGCCGGAUAGCAGGUUGCUGUUUAAAGAUGCAGAACCCAGAGUCAAAGGCAUUGGACACUCGACCCAAACGAAGAACGUCAGUUCCUUCAUACCUGUCAGAUUAUGACCUAAGUGGAGCUGGAGCACAGAGUAGAUUCCGGACAGCAAAUGCAGGGGAAUUAUCAGUGGAGGAAAGGGCACUAGAAUGUCCAAUUAACAGAUCCCCAUCACCACCAAUUAGUCAGAGCUCCAACAUGAUGAACAUGGAGGAUGACGAGGAGCAAGAACGAGAGCUUUGUCAAUCUAUGGAGCAAGUCACCGGGGAGCAGCAGACCAGCCAAGGUUCUGAGUUUAGUGCUGCUCUCAAAGAGAUGCGCCAAGAAAACGCUGAGCUUCGUAAACAGUUUCAGAGCUUGAUGGUUGCUUUACAGUCCCAGUCAGCACCCCAUCAGCCUCUAUUCCCUCCUCCUCCACCUCAAAGUGUUUAUAGUGGUGGUUAUGGACCUUACCAACCCCAUACCAAUUCUCCAGCAUACCAACAGCAGCAAUAUCCAACAUACAGCUCCCAAGGAAAUCUGGGAUUAGAUUUCACUAAACCUAGAGUUCCUCAGACAUCAGGUGGUUUACCUCAUGGUCUGUAUUAUGCAGACACACCACAACAGAGCACAUUUUCCUAUUCACAUAGAGAUCCUACAUUUUUCCAAGUUCCCAGCUGUAUUGAGCCACAGAGAGAGACCACAUACAGAGGACCGAAGCCCACUAUCCCCAGAUUCACAUCACCAGAUCCCAGAGAGUUUGCACGCAUGAAGAUUGCCUUAGAGAAUUUAUUACCAGUCGAUGCCACUGAAAGAUAUAAGUACCAGAUCCUCACUGAUCACCUUCAGUGCGAAGAAGCUUCACUUGUAGCAGACUCAUACUGCAAUUCAAGGCACCCUUAUACCGAUACAAUGUCGGCUCUCACAAAGAUGUAUGGACAGCCUCACAAGCUUGCAGUGCAACGGAUUGCAGAAUUAAUGGAUGGUCCAAAUAUACGCAGUGGUGAUGUUAAGAGCUUUCGUCUGUUUGCCCUCAACGUGCGGUCACUGGUCGGCAUGUUAGAACAACUAGGGCAAAGAGGUCAGAUUGAGUUAGUGUGCGGCUCUCAUGUUUCAAGGCUCUUAAGUAAACUUCCCUAUGAGCUUAAUGCCAGCUUUAAGAGAUUUAUCCACCCCCUGAGAGUAACCAUCCCUACCCUUAUCGACUUCGCUGAUUGGCUGGAAUACGAGCUAGAAAUUCAGGGAGACAGCAUGGAGCCCACCAGGAGAGAGGAGUCGUUUAACAAGAAGCCUGAUACCAAACGCACUCCCAAGCCCUCAAGUAAGGCUGCUACUAUCUUCCUGAGCACUGAGAAGGUCUCUGGGACCAAUAGAGUAGCAUCACCACCUGCACCUGGACAUGCUGUCAACAAGUCAAAGGAAAAGGAGAAGGUUACGGCCUACUGUCCCUAUUGCGACAACGAAAAGCACUUCCUGAACAACUGUUCUAACUUUAAGACUUUGAGCAAAGAACAGAAGGUAACAUGGAUUAAAACGAAUAACAAGUGUUGGCGUUGUGGACGUAAUCACCAAGCGGCAAAGUGUACACUUAGAGCUCCCUGCAAAACCUGCGGUAGGAGACAUCUGCUAGUGCUGCAUGAGGUGAAUGAGAGAGCGGAGGAGGAACAAGCAUCAGUUCCACCUUCAGCAGAAAGCUGCCUUGUGAACACUGCCAACAAAGUUGUGUGCGUCGACCGGCCAGUCUACAACUGCAAGGUACUACUGAAGAUCAGUAAGGUACUCCUGAGAAAUGGUGACAAGUCCCUUGAGACGUAUGCUGUCUUAGAUGAUGGAUCUGAGCGGACAAUCCUGCUUCAGUCUGCUGCCAAACAGUUGGGCCUUACAGGAAGUAAAGAGGUGUUGGCUCUUCGUACAGUCAGACAGGAAGUGGAGAAGCUCCACGGGGCGGCUGUGUCUUUCACAAUUUCUCCAGUAGCCAACCCAGACCAAGUGUACAGCAUCCAGAAUGCAUUUACAGCCGAGCAACUGAGUUUAGCAGAACAUUCCCACCCAGUUGUCUCACUCCAGCAGAAGUAUAAACAUCUGUCAGGUUUGCCUCUGCCUCCUCUAAACAGAGUUCGUCCCAUGCUGCUGAUUGGCGCUGAUUACACACACCUCAUUACACCUGUGGAGCCAGUCAGACUAGGACCACCUGGUGGACCGGCAGCUGUGAAAACUCUCCUUGGAUGGACGCUACAGGGACCAGCUCAAGCCAUUGAAUCCAUCACAAGGAGAACAUACUGUGGCCUUCAGCAGUGAUAUUCGUGGCAUGUUCCACCAAGUGAGGCUCCUACCUGCAGAUCGACCCCUGCUUUGGUUUCUGUGGCGGGACAUGAACCGAGACAGGCCCCCUGACGUCUAUGAGUGGCAGGUACUUCCAUUCGGAACUACUUGUAGCCCUUGUUGCGCAACGUUCGCGUUGCAGAAACACGUCAUGGACCAUAGUCAACCAGAAGAAGAUGUUCAUGUUGCCAUUAACAAGUCUUUUUAUGUAGACAACUGUUUACAGAGUCUUGCAUGUCCAGUAGCUGCCAAGACAUUGGUUGACAAACUGCGCCACCUCCUGGCCGAUGGGGGUUUUGAGUUGAGGCAGUGGGCCAGUAACGAUCCAGAUGUCAUCCAACACUUGCCUCCAGACCUCAGGUCAUCCAGCUGUGAGCUGUGGCUCAGUCA